AUGGCCGUGUAUGUUGUGGCGCGAGAAGCCAUCAGGAAUUACGGGCCUGAGCGUUGUGAGCCAGUCUUUACGAAGCUCAAGGAAACAUAUGAAGGAACUACGUGGGCACGUGUGCUGACUGCCCCGACCUUGCUGGGCCAUGUCCGACAACUUCGGCUUACCAAUAUCAACAAUUUUUGGGACAGGGGCUCCUUUCGUAUGAGAUUUAUCGCUGCAGCUUUGUUGCAUGUUGCAGUCCAAGAUCCUCAGGCCCCAUUGUAUGGAGGAGCCCUCACUCUGGCUACGAUGUUCUCGGUGAUCACCGGGGGCCCUGGCAUGUGCACUUGGUUUCAGCAACAAUUGCAAGCUCUUGGGCCUUCUACCUCUCCAGCUUGGUGCAAACAAAUGUUGGAGAAAACUGACGAUCCGAUGGUUUGGGGAAAGACAGCUGGCCGCCCUCGAAAUUUUGGUCAGGCUGCAGAAAAUAUUCCUGGCCACGACACUGAUGAUGCUCAAGCAGAACAACUUGAUUUGCAAGCUGAAGCUGCAGGCCAUUCAGAUGAUGACGAUGCUACUCCUCCGACUUUGGUUUUGACGAAGCAUUGUCCGAAAGCAAUGUGGGAUGAGAUUUAUGCUUGGUUGCAAAGCUUUGGACUAUGCAGAAACUGUUGCUUGGGGGCAUUGCACACAUGGCGGCUUUCGUCCCUUCAAUGCUCUUGGUGUUGCCACAGCUCGCAAAGCUUGGAAGGACGCGCAUCAAAAUGGCAGGAGAAAGUGGUGCCGCGGAAAUUUUCACCACGCGACGCUACUGUUUCCACUUGA